AUGGCUACUGAGACUACGUUUGGGUUGGAUUUGGUGAAUAAGGCGCCGGAGGGGACGAAACUAUGGCUGCUCCACUGCGGCAACAUCGAGGCAGACGAAGGCUGGUUCAUGCGCGGCGGCGGCACAACCACGGCCUCCAACCCGAAGAACAUCGCCACCCGCCGCAAAGGCGUCAUCAUCUCCGUGCUAAUCGAACAUCCAACCGAAGGCCUGAUCCUCUUCGAAACAGGCGGCGGCGACAACUACCCGGAAGUCUGGGGUGCCCCCUUGAACGACAUCUUCGCCCGAGUCGAAUACACGCCGGACCAAGAACUCCCCGCGCAGAUCAAGAAGACCGGGCAUGAUAUCAAAGACGUCAAAGCCGUCAUCAUGGGCCACAUGCACCUGGACCACGCGGGCGGGUUGGAGAAUUUCAGAGGGACGGAUGUACCGAUCUGGAUCCACGAAAAGGAGCUCAAACACGCCUUUUUCAGCGUUGCGACGAAGACAGACAUUGGCGUCUACCUCCCCAAAGACCUCGACUUCACCCUCAACUUCCGCGCGUGGUUCGGACCUUUCCUCGAAAUCGCACCGGGAAUCAAUCUGCGGCACUCGCCGGGCCACACACCCGGGUUGGCGAUCAUGCAGGUGAAUUUGAGGCAGAGCGGGACGUGGAUCUUCACCACGGAUCAGUAUCACGUGGUGGAGAACUGGGAGAGUGGCGUUCCGCAGGGGUGGUUGGCGAGGGACCAUGAUGAUUGGGUGGCGAGUGAUCAGAUGAUUAAGAGUUUGCAGAAGAGGACGAAUGGGAAGAUGGUGUUUGGGCAUUGUGCCGAGACGUUUUUUAAGUACGAGUUGGCGCCGUUUGCUUAUACUUGA